AUGGCGGCUGGCAUUAGAGGAGUCUUGCCGGAAGAUGUGGCUGAAAUGGUGUCAGCCUGUCGGGUUUUGGUGGUCGGAGCAGGAGGAAUAGGUUGUGAACUCCUGAAGAACCUUGUCCUGACUGGAUUCCAGGACAUUGUGUUGGUUGACUUGGAUACAAUAGAUGUGAGCAACCUCAAUAGACAGUUUCUAUUUCACAAAAAACAUGUCGGAAAGUCGAAAGCCCAGGUUGCAAAGGAAAGUGCUCUCAGAUUUAAUCCUAAUGCUAAGAUAGAUGCCAGACAUGACAGCAUCACCAACCUUGAGUACAACAGAGAGUUUUAUAUGCAGUUCACACUGGUCAUGAAUGCACUGGACAAUAAAGCUGCUCGUAACCAUGUCAACAGAAUGUGUUUAGCUGCAGAUGUUCCGUUAAUCGAGAGUGGAUCCGGAGGUUAUCUCGGACAGGUGUCUGUCAUUAAGAAGGGCUUAACGGAAUGCUACGAGUGUGUACCUCAGCAAGCUACAAAGUCUUAUCCUGGAUGUACAAUCCGGAACACUCCUUCAGAACCUAUUCAUUGCAUUGUGUGGGCUAAGCAUCUGUUUAAUCAGCUAUUUGGUGAGGAGGAUCCCGACCAGGAUGUAUCUCCAGACACCGCUGAUCCCGAGGCUUCUGGUGAUGCCGGCCAAGCUUCAAUGAACACAGAGAAACCAAACGAUGGUUUAACGUCAACAAUGGAAAGGACCUCUACAAGAACAUGGGCAGAGUCCACUGAUUAUAAUGCACAGAAGAUAUUUAAAAAGUUGUUUCAUGAUGACAUCAAGUACCUCUUAUCAAUGGAUAAACUUUGGACAAAACGGCGACCACCAGUCCCAUUGGUUUGGGAUAAUUUACCUCAGGAACAAGAUCUGGAACAGAGCCAAGAGAGCAUUGUGUUACAUGACCAGAAACAACAGAGUAUUAAAGAUUGUGUCAGUAUGUUCAAAGAUAGCCUGGAAUCACUCAAACAACUGUACAAAGAGAGAGGAGAGUUAAUGUGGGACAAGGAUGAGGAUGCUGCUAUGGACUUUGUCACAUGUACUUCAAACAUCAGGGCUUAUAUCUUUGGCAUUGCAAGAAAUACAAGGUUUGACAUCAAAUCAAUGGCAGGGAACAUCAUUCCAGCAAUAGCUACAACCAAUGCCAUCGUAGCAGGACUCAUUGUUAUGGAGGCGUUGAAGGUUCUGGCUGGUCAUAUUGACAAAUGCAAAAUGGUAUUUCUUUAUAGGACACCGAAUGAAAGGAAUAAGCUGUUUCUAACAUGUACUUUGGACAAACCAAACCCAAAGUGUUACGUCUGUGCAUCUAAACCAGAGGCCUCAAUAAAACUGAAUUUGUCAACUACAACUGUAAAAACCCUUGAAGAUAGGAUUUUGAAACAAGAGUUUGGAAUGAUGGCUCCUGAUGUAGAGAUAGAAGAUGGUAGAGCGUCGAUCUUAAUAUCUAGCGAGGAAGGAGAAACAGAAGAUAACAACUUUAAGAUGCUCAGUAAUUUCAUGAGGAGUGGGGUCCAACUCAAAGCGGAUGACUUCCUUCAGAAUUACCAAUUAUUAUUAAACAUUACUGACUGUGAUACGCUCCCAGAGGAUGUUGAGUUUGAAGUAGUGAGUCGAUCUGCCGACACUGCACCUCAACCCGAACAAUCAACGGAAGACGUUAAGAAUGAAAGUCAACCAGGAACCAGUAGCAAUGGUAUCCAGACUUCUAACAGUAACAACACAAAUGGAAAUGGACAAACAGCGGAUGAAGACGAUGACUUAGAAAUAGUCAUGCUGGACGAUGAAGACCAAAAGGAAACCUCAAAGAUCAGCAAGAAGAGGAAGUUAUCAUCGGAGGAUUUAGACUCUAACGCCGCAUCCUCUUCAACUCCUGCUAAGAAAGCUAAGAUGGUUCAACUAAAUCAGCAGGAUGAAGAAGAAGAAGAAGAUAUCGUGCUGCUUGAUGAUUGAGACUCACUGCCUUGGAGGAUAGUCGACUCAUCAUCAUCAUGUCUUACUGUUCUGAGGAUUUGUUUCCGAUACUUUGACAAAUCAAGUACCUGAAUGAUAAGAGACUUUAUGAGCAUUUGGAUUUGCUAUGGUUGUACAGUGUAUGCUAAUGCAGUGUUGUAGCCAUGGUGGGCUGUGCCUGGUGGGUCUGCCCAGAACUAACAAAUUUCGCUCAGCACUCUGAGCAAAAUUACACUGUGCUGCCCAGCACAAAUUUCCCCCAGAUUGUACUUCAGCAAUGAUGGCCCGAUAUCUGAACAUGAGUAAACUCGCCAUUGAUGGACUGGAAAAUUAUUGUGUAUGGAAAAUUUGGGUAUGAUGUGGCAGAUGCAGACAAGUUGGUGUAGUUUCUCAAGAACAAGAGUUACUUAAAGGGUUUGGGUAAUUUUUGUACGACACAAAACACAAAUGUCCACAGAUUUACAUUAAGCUUCCACGGUUU